UUAAUAAUUUAUUCAUGGGCUCAAGUCACUUAGCCUGCAUUGAUCUAGCAAGGCUGCCUUUUCCUUUCAUUCAUAGGCAUUUAAAUUCUGUAUAUCUCGAGCAGCUGCUGCAGCUGUGAAAUAACAGCUAGCAUGCCUCUCUGCACAGGGACAGGCUACAUAUGACUCCAUUGAGCCAGGCUGGGUUGACUGUCCGUGUCAGAGAAAAACUGCCUGCGAUACCAACAUGACAUAUCAGCAAAGGUCCGGCUCUCUUCCUCGUCUUCCUCUGCACGUUGCCAGCAGGCUGCUGUUUGGGUGGCUGCACUGUAGCUGUUCGCACAACAAAAGCUGCUAUGCAGUACGGCACUGAAUGAAUUGGGGGAACUCUCCGGUGGGUGUUCAUUGUCCCUUGUGUCAGCUCCCCCCACCUCACUUGCUGUCAGCACAACACCCCCAGCAACUGUUCGUCUGCAAUUCCUCCGAGAAGAUUUGCUUGCCAUAUAACUGCUCCCUCUUCAACUCUUUCUACCCCUUUCUUCUUGUCCUCAUGCACUUGUUCUUAAUAUAUUUUCCGCUUGGUCCAUUUGCACAAGUUCCCUUCUUGCUAUUUGUCAGCACUUUCCCAUUAAUGUCCGUUCCUGCUCCAGUGAACCAGCACUAGACUUAAUAUGGGAUGAAGGCUGGAGGUUACCGGGAACAGAAAGGAGACCUGAAGGCAGCUUCCCAUUUGUAAAGUGAGCAGUAAUUGUGAGAGGACAGGCUACACAGUUGGAAUCAAUAGUCUGCUUUCUCGCAGCUAAGAGCUCUCCAGUCUCGCAGUAGGUCAGGGAAGUAACUCCAGUGCACUGCUUACUGCAGAGUUGUACAGUAGUAAGCGCACGAGGCUGCAGUGCUGGUACAUCACGCUUCCUGUUACCAAGGACACAACUUUUCAAAUCAUCGCAGCUUUCUCCUUAUAGACUUACACCAUCAUCCCGAAUACUGUUCUAGGAUGGAUGAUGAAUGAUCAACUCUGAUUCUUUUAAAUCUGUUCUACAAGGGGGGAACAAGAAAAGCUGCCCGUGCUUUCAUUUUACUGUACAAAUCUCUACAGACACAAGGCAAGGAAACAUGCAAGGGAUUGUCACUACUCCACUAGCUGUUGGGAUCUUUUUCUUUUUCUUCUGGAUAGCCCUGAACACGACGCUAAAGCCAGCGAUUGGAUCGGAACAGCAGAUUCCCUUAUCUAUGGUGAAGCUCUGGGCCUCUGCUUUUGGAGGGGAGAUCAAAUCCAUAGCAGCUAAAUACUCAGGUUCCCAGCUCCUGCAGAAGAGUUACAGACUUUAACAUGUCAUCUUUUUUUCUGUUACUGCUGCAGAACAUCUUCACGAAAUACAAAGAGUUUGAGAAGGAAGUCUUCAUAGAAGAAAUAGAUGGUCUUCAGCUUGUUAAAAAACUUGCGAAAGAUAUGGAGGAGAUGUUCCACAAGAAGGCUGAGGCAGUGCGGAGACUUGUAGAAGCAGCAGAGGAGGCCCAUCUAAAACACGAAUUUGAUGCAGAUUUGCAGUAUGAAUACUUCAAUGCCGUUCUCAUAAAUGAGCGAGAUGAAGAUGGGAAUUAUGUGGAUCUGGGAAAGGAAUUUCUGCUGUUACCCCACGACCAUUUCAAUAAUUUACCUGUUAACAUCACUUUAAGUGACGUCCAAGUGCCCACCAAUGUUUACAACAAAGAUCCCGAAAUAGUGAAUGGAAUUUACUGGUCCGAGGCACUAAACAAGGUGUUUGUCGAUAACUUUGACCGCGAUCCAUCCCUCAUAUGGCAAUAUUUUGGAAGUGCAAAAGGAUUUUUUCGGCAAUAUCCUGGUAUUAAAUGGGAACCAGAUGAGAAUGGCGUCAUUGCAUUCGACUGUAGAAACCGAAAAUGGUACAUCCAAGCAGCUACCUCUCCAAAGGACGUAGUGAUUUUAGUUGACGUAAGUGGCAGCAUGAAAGGACUGCGUCUGACAAUUGCAAAGCAAACUGUAUCCUCUAUUCUGGACACCCUGGGAGAUGAUGACUUCUUCAACAUAAUUGCUUAUAAUGAAGAAAUUCAAUACGUAGAACCUUGUCUGAAUGGAACAUUAGUACAAGCCGACAGAAACAACAAAGAGCAUUUCAGGGAACACUUAGAUAAGCUCUCGGCAAAAGGGAUUGGAAUGUUGGACAUAGCCUUGAACGAAGCCUUUGAUUUGUUGAGUGAGUUUAAUCACACGGGAGAAGGAAGUAUCUGCAGUCAAGCAAUAAUGCUAAUUGCCGAUGGGGCUGUCGACACCUAUGAUACUAUAUUUGCAAAGUACAACUGGCCUGACAGAAAAGUUCGCAUGUUCACAUACUUGAUUGGAAGAGAAGCAGCUUUUGCAGAUAACCUGAAAUGGAUGGCUUGCGCCAAUAAGGGCUUCUUCACCCAAAUAUCCACCCUUGCUGACGUACAAGAGAAUGUUAUGGCAUAUCUUCAUGUCUUAAGUAGACCGAAAGUCAUUGACCAGGAGCAUGAUGUUGUGUGGACAGAAGCAUAUGUCGAUAGCACACUCCCUCAGGCUCAAAAGCUCGCUGAUGAUCAGGGAUUGGUCCUGAUGACAACCGUUGCGAUGCCAGUGUUUAGUAAAGAGAAUGAAACCAGAUCAAAGGGGGUUCUCCUAGGUGUGGUUGGCACAGAUGUUCCAGUUAAAGAACUUUUAAAGGCCAUUCCAAAAUAUAAGCUUGGAAUUCAUGGCUAUGCUUUUGCCAUCACUAAUAAUGGGUAUAUCCUGACGCACCCUGAGCUGAGGCCUCUGUAUGAAGAAGGAAAGAAACGCAGGAAACCAAAUUACAGCAGCGUGGAUUUAUCAGAAGUGGAAUGGGAAGACCGAGAUGAUGUGCUGAGAAAUGCAAUGGUAAAUAGAAAAACAGGAAAAUUUACCAUGGAAGUGAAAAAGACAGUGGACAAAGGGAAAAGAGUGUUGGUGAUGACAAACGACUACUACUACACAGACAUCAAAGGGACCCCAUUUAGCCUAGGAGUGGUUCUUUCAAGAGGACAUGGCAAAUACUUAUUCAGAGGAAAUGUAACUGUAGAAGAUGGUUUACAUGAUCUAGAACAUCCCGAUGUUUCAUUGGCUGAUGAGUGGACUUACUGCAACACUGACCUGCAACCGGAACACCGGCAUCUCUCUCAGUUAAAAGCUAUAAAGAAAUACCUCACAGGAAAAGAGCCAUUAUUACAAUGUGACAAAGAGCUAAUACAGGAGGUUCUGUUUGAUGCUGUAGUCAGCGCUCCGCUGGAAGCAUACUGGACCAGCCUGGCACUGAACAAAUCAGAAAACUCAGACAAAGACGUUGAAAUAGCUUUCCUCGGUACCCGCACUGGCCUGACCCGUGUGAACCUAUUUGUAGGUCCGGAGCAGCUCACUUACAAAGAUUUCCUUACAUCUGAAGACAGAGAGAGCAUAUAUAAUGCAGACCACUUUCCCUUAUGGUACCGCAGAGCAGCGGAGCAGAUUCCUGGGAGCUUUGUCUAUUCCAUCCCAUUCAGUACAGGUUCACUGAACAGAAGCACUGUGGUAACAGCUAGUACAGCGAUUCAGCUUCUCGAUGACAGAAAAUCACCAGUGGUGGCAGCUGUUGGUAUUCAAAUGAAACUUGAAUUUUUCCAAAGAAAAUUUUCAAUUGCCAGCAGACAGUGUGCUUCUUUAGAUGGUAAAUGUUCGAGGACAUGUGAUGAUGAUGUGUUAAACUGUUAUCUCAUUGACAAUAACGGUUUUAUCCUGGUGUCUGAAGAUUACAGACAGACUGGACAGUUUUUUGGGGAAGUUGAAGGUGCUGUGAUGAAUAAAUUGCUUACAAUGGGUUCAUUUAAAAGAAUAACCCUGUACGACUAUCAAGCCAUGUGUAGAACAAAUAAGGAGAGCAGUGACAGCGCUCACAGCUUAUUGGAUCCCUACCAUGCUUUUUUUGCUGCAGUAAAAUGGAUAAUGACAGAGCUUAUCCUAUUCCUGGUGGAGUUUAAUCUAUGCAGUUGGUGGAACUCAGGACAUUCUAUUAAAGCUCAAAGACUUAAGCAGACCCUGGAGCCCUGUGACACAGAGUAUCCAGCGUUUGUCUCUGAGCGUACCAUCAAGGAGACGACAGGCACUAUAUCCUGUGACGACUGCAUCAAGUCGUUUGUGAUUCAGCAGAUCCCAAGCAGCAAUCUCUUCAUGGUUGUGGUAGACAACGUCUGCAGCUGCAGCUCUGUGGCUCCAAUCACAAUGACCCCUAUAGAGAUUAGAUACAAUGAAUCCCUUAAAUGUGAACGUCUAAAAUCCCAAAAGAUACGAAGGCGACCAGAGUCUUGCCACGGAUUUCACCCGGAGGAGAAUGCCAGAGAAUGCGGCGGAGCCUUCGGCCUUUCGUCCCAGCCCAUAACUAUGCUGCUAUCUCUUCUAAUGUUCUAUAUCUCCAGGUGACCCUAACUGCUGUGACUCCAUGGCAUGCUACACACCUGGAUAAACUGUGAACUGAGAUGAUUGGUGCAAUAUAGGAGAGAGACGAAAUGUAGUCUAAACAUCAGCAUUUCAUGACUUGGUAUUGGUACGGAGAGCUGUAAAACUCCCCGAUAUCAGAGCAAGAUUAUUUCCUAAGUCCGCAAAUCAUGCAGCUGUGAAAGCCUCAUUCAAUUAUCACACUCAUUACAAAAGGACAGCAGACACUGGUGAUCAUCAUUUUCAGCUUUGCCCCAUCAAAAUAAUUUAAAAUGGUGUACUUUUUAAAUAAAGUAUAUUAAAAUCAUUAUUUAGUUGCCUGGAAUUUUUAUUUUAUUUUAUAUCUAUAGACAUGUCAGUAGCCGAGGACAGUAAUAUUAAAAAUAGACCUUUGUCUCCAGCAUGAGUUGAGGUGCUCUGUUUCCGUUGUACAUUAACGCGAGACUCUAUUUUAGCCAUUUUGUCAUUGAGGGAAGAUUGAUUUCUAUUCAUCUGUCUGGAUGCAAUAACAGAUAAACGUGGGUUUGAUAAAAAUGAAUGUACAGAACAUAGCGGGUCUGUUGUCGUAGCUUAGAUCAUCAAAAUUAAGCAGAAGGCAAUGUAGAUAUAAAGUGUAAAGUGCAAUGGAAUAUGCUGCGCUAUAUAAGUAACUGUUAAUAAAUAAAUAGUACCUGUUUAAA